AUAAGCCAUUGCCUCGAGGGAUACCAGGAGGCAUUUUUGGAAUCCUGGGCGUCGUUGCUGCUGCUGCCCUCAUUAUCAGCGUGGCUGUGACUGUCUUCAUUGUCUACAGGCGACAGCAAAAGGGCCGCUCUGACACCGACAAUGAUCUGUGAGUACCACACGCCCACCACAACCCCAUGAAGGAGGAGGAGGAGGAUCAACUUUGAAAUUGCAUGGGCCAAUAAAAGGAUAGGGCACCAAUUGUGGAAGAUGCUAUUGCAUUGGCAUUCCCUGUAUUGAGGAACCGUGUUAAGCACCUCUAAUAGUAGGAAAGAGCUGUCCGUGGUGCUGAUCUUCCAUGACACAGCUCAAGAGCAACCUGAGGCCCCCAUCAAUGGGAUGCAUUUAGAUCAGAUACAUCCAAUGGAAAUCUAGUGUAGAGGAUUCACUUUUGCACUCUCUGGACCGCACUUUCUGCCCAUUUAAUUUCAACUCUAAGAGGCAAAUAGCUUUAGCAAGUCCCUGUCCUGGGCUUGCAAGCCUUCAUCUCAUUGCUUCCCUUUUUAACGGGACCAUUUUCUUAGUACUGGUAAAGAAAAUAUUCUUUCUUCAGAGGGCAUUUGAACAUACCUCCCUCUCUCCUCUGCCUUGCCUGCUGCUUCUCAAAGCAUCCCUGGAGAUGAAUGGGGGUUCUAGGGAAAAUGUUAUUGUGCCAGGACAAUGCAUGGCCUGUCCAUUUUUGUAAAUGCAUCUCACUCCCCACUUGAGCCCAUUCCUGUAUGCCAGUUAUGCACCAAUGGCAUAUCAGCUUUGACUCACUCUGUACGUGGAGCCAGUUUUAUUGUGGAGACUCUGGGAUUGCUUAAUAAUAUUCUAAAUGGGGGAAACCUAUAUCAGCCACCACUGUGCUCAUUCCUUGAGAGAAGCUCUUUGCUGCUCUCCUCUGUUCAGAUCUGAAGUGAGAGGGAUCCAGUUCUAGCAUCCAAUGAAAUAUGGGCAUGUCUAACGGUGUCAAUUUGGGAGAGGCUGAUCCAAUGCAAGCAAAGAACUCAGCAGGAGGGGAGAAGAUGGUGGAUUUCUGCAGGGAUAUUUACAGAGACCUUUCACGAGCAUCAUAGGAGGUAUCGGUGAGCACACUGCCACCCAUAAGCACCACAUUAGUGACCCAGCUGUAAGAUGAAGGCUAGGUAAAGGUAAAGGAACCCCUGACCAUUAGGUCCAGUUGUGGCCGACUCUGGGGUUGCAGCGCUCAUCUCGCUUUAUUGGCCGAGGGAGCCAGCGUACAGCUUCCAGGUCAUGUGGCCAGCAUGACUAAGCCGCUUCUAGCGAACCAGAGCAGCACACAGAAACGUCGUUUACCUUCCCACCGAAGCAGUACCUAUUUAUCUACUUGCACUUUGACGUGCUUUCAGACUGCUAGGUUGGCAGGAGCAGGGACCGAGCAGCGGGAGCUCACCCCGUCGCGGGGAUUCGAACCGCCGACCUUCUGAUUGGCAAGUCCUAGGCUCUGUGGUUUAACCCACAGCGCCACCCGCGUCCCUAAGAUGAAGGCUGGAACCUCACAAAAUAGACUUUCUGGGAUGUUCCUGUGCCCUGCAUUGUGUCUAUGGCUGACCAUUUUUAGAGGUUCAAGAUGAAGGCUGGAACCUCACAAAAUAGGCUUUCUGGGAUGUUCCUGUGCCCUGCAUUGUGUCUAUGGCUGUCCAUUUCUCUUCCUGCAGGAUUGACCUUCCCCCCUCCCACAAACCUGCUCCCCCACCUCCCAAGCGGAAGCAGGAGAUGAAAAGCCACCUAACAGCAGAGGAUAUCCAGGUACCUUCCCCAGUUGCUGACCAUCCUCACCUGAAGCAGAAGGAAGCGUGGUUUCUCCAGCCACUUGUCAGAGUUGCUCUGCCCAUCCUAUCUGGGGAAGUUUUUUGGUGGGGAGUCAAUUUGGUAGGAUGGGUGUGAUGAGGUAGGAUGUGGUGAGGUAGCCAUUUCCAUAGUUCCUUUAAGGGAUACUGUAAUUCAGUUUGCAAAUUUGGCAAGCAAAAGAAAAUGGGAGGGAUGAAAUAGAAUUAAGGGGGAAAGGGAGUUGGGGAGAGAGGGACAGAAGAUAAUAGGCAAAUAAUACGGAUGGUCUACUGACAAUAUUUGUGAAGAGUUGCUAAUCUGCCCUCUUGAACUUUACUCGCCCCAACAACCACAGGUCGUGCACUUGGACAACAUGAAGGAGCCAGAGGAAGAGAUCCAGAAGUUGCCACCACAACCCCCCUACUAUGACAUGGCAGCCACCGAGCCAACCCCUCAUUCCGACAAGAUGGUAAGGAUGAGGACUACUGCCUGCCCACAAUCUGGACCUUUCCAUGGAUCAGGGAUGGGGAUCCUGCAUUCCUCCAGGCACAGCUGGACAACAACACCCUUGACCAUUGGUCAUACUGGUUGGGGCCGAUGGGAGUUGGAGUCUGACAACAUCUGGUGUGCAGUGUGGAAUGCUGCUUCAUAUAUCAGAGAUGGGGAACCGGAUGCUGGACUCCCAACUCCUAUAGUCCCUGACCAUUGACCAUGUUGGCUGGGGCUGAUGGGAGUCGGAGUCCAAAAGCAAUUGGAGGGGAACUGGUGCCCCUCUGUGGGAUGGGAAUUGCGAACCAUUUCAGGGCCUGGGUGGAUUGACAGGGUAUCAGCUUGGGAGAAAAUGGUGAUGGUACAAUAUGAAAGGAGAGCAGUAGCCCCUUUGGGAUGCUGGACUAUGCCGCGGGACCAGAUAAGAAAGGGGUAGGUAUUGGUCCAGAGUCAAUGGCUGCUGCUAUUUGCUGUUGGCUCUGGUUGCAUCCCUCUUGCAGGACUCAGACUGUUGAGGAGGCCAGCUUGAAAGCAACAAUGAUUCAGGGGGGCUGUGUGGAGGUCCCCAAGGGGGAGCUUUGCCUGUGGGGAAGCAUAGGGCUUCCCACUAGCCAGCAUGCCCGAGACUGGGAAGACGUCCACACAGAGCAUGGAGAGAGGGGGCGGGAGGGCUGGCGGAUGCCACGGCAGAUGGGUGAUCUGUCAGCGGAGCGUGCUGGUGCUUGA